AUGUCAGCUAUUACAGACGUACAGUUAAUCUCUGUGUUUCGAAAGAUUGAAAAGAUUGUCAAGGAAACCGAAGUCUACUCUAAAAAGGUAGACCUCCUAAGAGAGACGGGCGGAGCUCUCAACUCUUCAGGUAAUUCAUCAGUCUUUGAAGACGAUGAUGAAUAUAUAGGUUGUGAAAUGUAUGCAAAAGCACUCAAAGUAUACAUGGAGUCAAAAUCAUAUAUAGAGUCACUUGACAAGUCAAUGAAUAAAUUUGUAGAUAAAAUUGGUAGACAUGAAAAAGCAUCAAAUAUAACCAAAAAUAUUGCCAACAAUAAUAAUAAUAACAAUAACAAUAAUAAUGGAAAUAAUAACAAAGAAUCAACUUCAUCUUCAAGUGAUGAUGACUCUGGAGAGACGGAACCAAGAAGAAACUUAAAGAGAAAGUCAAAGGAGCCAUCCUCCUCUAACAAUGGUACACCCACUAGCAGCAAUAGCUCAGGAUCGAGUAACGGUAACAACCCGUACGCCAACAACAGUGCCACCGCUCAAAAGACAAAGAGAAUCAAACCGCCACCAGCUGAACCAAUACCAAAGGAGGAUUCACCACCAACCAGCAGCAAGGCAGACUCAAAGCAAGACAAGGACACUUCCAGCAAGGAACAACAAAUUACCAACGGAACACUCGUUGCUGCUCGUGAAAAGUCAAACAAUAGCGUCAAUUGGAUUCUUGCCAAAGUCAAUGGUUUCAACCAGAAAAACCAAAAAUACGAAGUUAUCGAUGAAGAUGAAGAUGAACCAAAACGAUUCUUUGUUAUUGCAAAAGAUAUUAUUCAAUUACCAUCAACUUCAUCAGUUUCCAAUAAUUUUUCAUCAGGUACCAAGGUAUUGGCAAUGUUUCCAGAUACAACAGCAUUUUACCCGGCUGUAGUAGUCAGUUCUACAAAGGUAAAGAACAAAACCACUCAUUAUACUCUUCACUUUGAUGACGAUCAGGGAGACAAUGGACAAACCCCUUCUCGCCGUGUAUCUGCACAAUAUGUAGUAUCUUUUUCCAAAUAA